AAAAAAAAUAAAGAUGCAACUGACCAAAGAUCCAAUGACUCCAGCAGCCCGCUUGAGAGACAGCUGAUAAGCAAGUGGCCGCAGGGUUAUGCAGACACCCCACCAUGCCUCUAGUAGACUGGUUCCUCCGCCACUCGGUGACCAUGUGGCUGCUUCUCCAAAGCUUCGUCCUGAUGACCUUUUGCUUCCAUUCGGCCACGACCUUCCCCAAGGGCUGCUACCCCGCGGAGGAGGACGGCUACAAAACCUUCCGGUGCAGCAACGCUCAGCUCACGGAGAUCCCUCAGGACAUCCCCAACGACACCAACAAGCUCUACCUGGAUUUCAAUCAGAUUCCCUCCCUGCCCCUGGAUGCCUUUCGGCACCUGCCGGUCCUGCUGGAGCUGGACCUGUCGCACAACGCCAUCGUCCGCAUCGAGGGCGGGGCUUUCCGGGGCUUGUCGGAGCGCUUGCACUCCCUGGAUUUGUCCUCCAACAAGCUGGUGUCGGUCAGCAAGGAUGUCUUUAGCGGGCUGAAGGCCAAGGUCAAUCUCUCCAGCAACCCAUGGUUGUGUGACUGCAAACUCCAGGAGCUGAUCAGGACCGUGGACCUGGUGACCGGGUCCUCUGGGAGCAUCGUCUGCGACUCCUCGGUCAAGGAGGAGCACGUGGGCAAGCCCUUCCUGCAUGUGGUCACCGACACGGACUUCUGCAGCGUUUACAAAAAGACCACGGACAUAGCCAUGCUGGUCACCAUGUUCGGCUGGUUCGCCAUGGUGAUCUCCUACUUGGUCUACUACGUCCGGCAGAACCAGGAAGACGCCCGGCGGCACCUUGAGUACUUGAAGUCCUUGCCUAGCAAGCCGCAGAGGUCGGAGGAAUCCUCCACUAUCAGCACUGUGGUGUGACUGAAAACGCCUCUCCUUCCUGCCCCCCCUCCCCGCCCUGUAGGACCCCCGGGGGAGUUCGUGGAAAGGGUCCUCCUGCAUUUCCUGGGGACCCACUCCGCUCCAGGGCUGAAGAGGCCGUCCGUCGACAAAAGCAACCACGUUUUUGCAUUGCGCUUCGGACCCGGCCCAGCACGUUCAGAAGAAAACAGGAGCGUGAUUGUACAGAACCAACGCCGCAGGGGCUGUGAUCUUCGAGCAAUUAGUGAGGGCCCCAGGGGAUUUGGGGGCGUCUAUUUAUUGUGUUGCGUAACAGAGGGGAAAAGCGAAGAAACCCUGUGUGUUCUCCUCAAGCAGACGCCGAUGACUCAAAUGAUUCCCCUUUCAGAGGUGAAACUUAAUUUAGAAAGAAUUGUAUUUCUUUUACAAGAAUCCAUUAGGGUGUGGUUUUUUUUGGUAAUUAUUCAGCUACUCACUGUCUACUUCCUUCACUCUCGGUUAGGGAUGCUUCCAGCUGUCGGGGGUGCCCCAAAACAUUGCAGAGGGAUGGAUCAGUGGCGUGCUCUUACUAUGUAAAUCCUUCCGGCUUUUGAAGAAUAUCGGGAAUAAUGGGUAUCCUGUCAAACUAAAGAGAGCAAAGCAGAUCCCAACUGCUGGAGGCUGGGAUAAGUGAAUCCCAAUAGGAUCUAGAGUUAAAAAUCUACUCCAAAUACCUGUCCCUUCCUCUCUCUAAGGCAGGGGUUCCCAAACUUUUUCGGUCCCCGUACCCCCUUGGCUUUUAGUAAA